AUGAUCCUUUCAGGAUUACCCCGGAAGCUUGUCCAACCUUGGUCCUAUGAAAAGGACGUGCAGACAGAACUAAGCACCUUGGCGCUGGCAGCCGAAAUGACAUCACUCGAGAACCAUCUAGCGUCGGAAGUGAUCAAAGUCAAUAACACUGUGCUUGAAGAGAUACUGAGAAGACAUCGAGAUCUCCGCCACCGCCCGGAGCCAAACCAGAGAUCGGCGGGCUCUCCCUUUCCCCUGGAAUCUGCCGAAGAGCCAGCCCACUUGACGCCAACGCAGGUUGAAGCGAGUUCACUCGAUGAGAAUGCUAUCGAGACUCAAGGAACUUCCUUGCAAGCCAGUGGUUCAAUACAGGGUGCUGGAACACGGAACUUCGCUAAAAACAGGGCUUGGCCUCCAGAAGUAUUGAAGCGGCUUCCUAUAUGGUUCGAAGACCAAGUAAGGAAGAACCUGUCACAGGAAGAGAUCGCCCAAAAUUUUCACCAAACAUUCAAGCAAAAACGGACUUUCCAUGCUAUUGAGGCAAGAGUGUAUUUCUUAACAGGGAAGAGUCCUUUCCGGAAGCGCAGUAAGAGGACUUCGCGCAAAGAACCUGUGUCUUUGACACCUCGCUCCUCCCCACCGCUUUCUCAACCCUUUGAAGUGGACUUGACCCAACAAUUGAUCUCGAGGUCGAACAUCGAGGUUCACGCGUUACGUCUAGCCCCAAACUUGCUACCCUACCUGAAUUCUGACGACUGCGAGGAUGGAAGCCUUUACGCUCUUUAUGAUGUUCAACCGGUUGACCCUGAAUCAGAAUCCAGCGGCCCCCAUGCGGUACCUGAAGAGGAUGCUGCAAAUCAAACGUCAAGCUGCCGGUACUCAUCUCAAGGGCAUGAAGUUCCGUCAGGUACAAGUCAAAAUGAAUGGCGAGUUCAAGGAAGCCCUCAGGCUGGAGAACCGCCUAAAACCCAUCCGGUGUUCUCAGAUGUGGUGUCCGAGAGUCAGCCAAGGAAUGAUAAUUCAAUCAAUGUCCUCGCCACAACAUCAGGGACGGUUGAUUCCUACUUUCCGCGAGACUCUCCCUUAGGAUCCCCUCGGACAUCAGGGACGGUUGAUUCCUACUUUCCGCAAGUCUCUCCCUUAGGAUCCCCUCGGACAUCAGGGACUGUUGAUUCCUACUUUCCGCGAGUCUCUCCCUUAGGAUCCCCUCGGACAUCAGAACCUAUCCAAUCUCCUAUUCGGCAUCACUCUGACGGCGAUACCACACUUGAAGAGCUGGGCCAAACGCUUAUCCAUGGUACUGAGUCCAGUGCAAUGCACGUGGAACAAAUAGACACGGCGCAUAACAGUCAACCAUCUGGGAGAGUUUCUCCGCAAUUUUCACCAUGUGGAACUUCAUUGGCUGGAGGUUCAGCAAACGAGGGUUCCAAUCAUGAAAGCCACCCAGAGAGCGGACUCGGUGCAUUGACUGUUCCCAGGGCAUUAACGCUCUUCCAAGUUCCGGAACCAAGCUCCACUGAUAAAGCGACUGAGCACCACUCUCAGAACUGCGGAAGGGAUGGGUCAACCACCGAUACCUCUGGAAAUUUGGGUGAAGAGGAAUUGACCAUAAGAUAUCAUGAAAAAUCUCGAGCGCAGGCGGAGAGUUCUCAUCGCUCAUGGAUUGCUAAGGACCUGGACCGUUUAUCAGGGUGGCUCAUGAAACGGAAAAGCCUACGAAAGGAAAGACUUGAAGUUGAGUUUGUGAGAGACUUUGGACACUACCGAACUUCCUCUGCCAUCCGUGCAGCGUGCCGCAAAAAGCGAAAGGCAGAUUCUCGCCAAAAGGAUGUAACACAUCAACUAGCUCCGGUUGCCCCUGCCGUUCUCGAUACUAUGCCGGUAUCACGAUCACCCAACGCCAUCAUUGACACUCCGAGCUUGGACCCAUCCCAUACAAUAACAGUACUGAGCAAUGAUAGCACUACAUCCAAGCAUCCGCUGUUAGAGCGACCUCGAUCGCCACAGCUUCAUCACCAGCCGCAGGUUCAAGACAACACAGAAAGACUUUCUCAAAGCAGUCCUUUACUAUUGAAUGAGGAUGAGGAAGCAGUGGCUCAAAUUCCACUGGCUGUUGUUGCCUCCGAACCAGCUUCUGGACAGAUGUUGCUUUCAAGUUCUCCUGAGAAUGUCCAAGAUACCCCCACGUUGGGAAAUCGUUGCCAUCGAGUUGACAUCACGCCAAACCCUCUGGCCAGGUUCACAGCAAUCAAUGGCGAUGGAGUCCAACGAGCAAGACACUCUACCUGA